AUGAAACCAGAACAACAGAUUUCAUCCUACUGUAUCUGCAGAAGCACCCAAGGUGGAGAAGUCCAGGACUUAGAAUGUGACCUCCGAAUUGGCAUCGGCAUUCACAUCGGGAUUCUCGGGUUUGGCAUCGGGCAAGGGCGGGGACUGCGGGUUUGA